AUGCCAAUGGCAGCUAUUUCCCCAUUGCCCGUUUCACACCUCUCACCCACCACCUCAGCCAACCCCUCUCUGUGAGAGAGAGGGAUAGAGAGAGCUGUUCGUCGUCAUCAUCAUUACCAUCACCGUCUCCGUCUGCUCCCUUUGUGCCUGUGAACUGCUACAGCUUCACGGAUUCAUCCUCUCUCUCUCUCUCUCUCUCCUUCUUCCCAACCCGACCCCGACGAAGCCCCCUUCCCAUUCCUCUCACGGUACCGAUCGCGCUCCUUCGGUCGCCCCGUUUCUUUUCUUCGGUUCUUCUCGCCGCCGUAACCCUCCUCCUUUGCCCGCCGACCGUUCCGCCGCUUCUUUCCCUGCUUUCUUCCCUGCCUGAGACGAGUCCUGCCUUGGCUUGUCUUCGCCUUGCCUCUUCCCCAAGCUUUGGCCGGGGUCGGAAGGUGACCGCGCCUCUGGUGUGCUGGACUGUAGGAUCAUGGAGCGAUUCUUGCUGAACCUAAACCCUUUUCGGUUCAAGCGGGUGAUCCCGGCCCCGUUCCUCUGAUAAAGGUGACGCCUUUGGGGUUCUCUUGUCCAUUUGUCCCUCUUGUUCUUCGAUUUUGGUGUUUCCCUCGCGAAAGACCUCCUCACCGAGCUUUUGGAACCGCAGUCCUCUUCUAGGGAAGACGAUUUUUCUUUUUCUAGGGAAGUCGGCAACGUGAGAUUUCCCAAGUUUUUGCCCCUAUUUUGUUGGAUUUUUCCCUUGUUCUGUGAAGCCCUAAGUUCUGUGAUGGCCAAGCUUGGUGAACUUCCUGUGCAUAGGUCAUCUUUGCUGUUUGGAGUGCUACCUUGACUUGUGUUGGUAGUCGGAUCCAUGACGAUGUCAGGAGAUGGUCCUGAUUUUGUGAAAUGGAGCGAGCAGUUCAUAUCACAGGAGCGUGGGCGCCGGAUUGUUCAUUACUACCUUGAGGACGCUUCUGGAGACUCCCAUCUAGCCGUCGUCGGCACCGAACGGAGUCUCCGGCACAUGCUGUAUGUCGUGUCAGAGAAGUUCUGCCAGGUUUACGGGUCCAACAAGUUAGGGUUGUCCUCCCUCAAAUGGAGAUCGAGAAGAGAGGUUGUAGAUUGGCUUGCUUCGUUCCUUCCAGCCAAAGCCUGUGAUUCACAUAUUUCGAAGUUGCCAAAAUGCAUGAAACAUGAUUUGGGUGUUGAGAUGGAAAUUAAUAGAUGUGGUGAUACUGGAGACCACUUGGUUGAAAACAUGGAUGACAGCAACAGAUCUGACAUCAUUUGGUCUGGUGCUUCCUGGACUUGUGGGAAGCAGCUCCGGCAUUACCAAGCUUUUUGUCGAAAUGGAACAACAGUGAUUGUCCACUCUUUUGUCCUUGUGAUGUCUGAGGAGGAAAAUCGUUAUCUUGCUUACUUGGAAGAUAUGUAUGAGAAUAAAAAAGGGGAAAAGAAGGUCAAAGUACGAUGGUUUCAUCAGAAUCAGGAAUUUGCUUGUGCGAUACCUGCACCUGCUCCACAUCCCAGUGAAGUUUUCAUAACACCUUUCUCUCAGGUCAUUAGUGCAGAAUGUGUGGAUGACAUAGCUGCUGUUUUGACUCCUGAACAUUAUGAGAAAUGCUUGGAUUCCCUUUCAUCUGCAGCAGGAGUUCGUUUAUGCUUUCGGCAGUACAUUAAAAAUAAAUUCAAACUCUUUGAUCUAAGAACGUUGCGUGGUUAUUUUAAUCAAGCAAUUCUUUCCCGCUUGGGUAUUUGUGAUGAGUCUGGAAAAGGAGAAGCGGAAAUUGGCUACAGUCCGAUCAAAGAACAUGUUGGUCACAGGAGAACUCGAUUUGUUAAGGUACAGGAGAAAUUUCUGGCACAACAUUUUGGGACUGAAAUAUCUGGCCUUUUAGGCCAUAUAACAACUUGCCAACCAGCUUAUCAGAAUUUGGAAUAUGAUUUACUUGUGAGAAGGCCUCUGUCAAUGAAGUUUGUUGGGCCUCAUAAUUGGCUUAUGCCACCUUUUGAAGUCGGAGAGAAAAUAGAGCUUCUUUGCCAGGAUAGUGGUAUCAGGGGCUGCUGGUUUAAGUGCACUGUUUUAAGAUUAUCACUUAAGAAGUUAAAAGUCCAGUAUGACGAUGUGCAAAAUGUCGAUGGGUAUGGGAAUUUGGAGGAAUGGGUUCCUGCCUUCAGAACAGCAGCUCCUGAUAGAUUGGGCAUGAGAUGCUCAGGCCGUCUAACAAUUCGUCCAUGUCCUAAAUGUAUUUAUUUGCUUAACAACAUUGAUCUUAAAAAGGGAAUGGCAGUGGAUGUACAAUGGAAUGAUGGCUGGUGGGAGGGAAUUAUUGUUGAGCUGGCAAACAGUAGAGAUGAUAAUGUGCAAGUAUACUUGCCAGGUGAAGACAUCUUCUUAAUUUGCGAACUGAAAAGGCUAAGGAUAUCUAAAGAUUGGGUGGGUGAUCAAUGGGUCGAUAUCAAUGCUAAGCCUGAUAUCUUAUCGGCAGCCUCUUCAUUUAGCCCCCGAACAAAGCUUGCUUCCUGCUCUGUCAUUAUCAAGGGGGCAGAAUCUGGCAGCUCAGUGAUGUCAGAUCAGGAAUUCAUCACUGCACAGCCUAAUUUGGUUGAGGAUAAGCAGGCAGAAGCUAGUUUGAGUUGUAGGAAUUCUGUGCAACUUGACAAUGAGAGUCAAUCUAAUCCAAGGAAGCGCCACAGGGAGGAAAAUGCUCAGGAUGGCUGUGGUGUUGGAACAGGUAUUGGCGACGCCGAAAGUUAGCUUGGCAUUUGUAGCUCCAUCAAGGUUGGCUUUCAGGUUUUCUGUACAUAGAUAUAUAAGUAGUAUAUAGAAUGAUUUCCCGACUUUGGGGGCGGGGGUGGGCGACUUAACUUCAAUUUGACUAGGCAGCCCCAGGGUGACUGACUGAAGACUCUGUUAGCUUUGUAUCAUCAAUGUGACUCCUGGACAUUGUCAAUUAGCAGUUAGGUCAAAAUCAUAUGAAUCCAGCAGACAGCAGGUGCAUUUUGAGCUCUGCUCAAACUUUGCUACUUGUCAUGUCUUGGCUGCUUCAUGAAUAGUUUUAUGGUGUCAUGUAUGAUUUGGAACAGACUUAGGAAUAGCGAGUUUGUUUCAAUUUCA